AUGGCCCCAGGCCAAUGGAAAAGUGGAAGGCUUCAUGAAACCUAUAUGGGUAAAGGUAUUCGAGCGGCUUGGGCAGAGGGUCGAGAUUGGCAAAGAGAACUAGUCGCAUUUUUGAUGAAUUAUCGUACUACGCCCAACCUAUCUACAGGUGUGGUGCCAGCCGAGAUGUUUUACAAACGAGUAAUUCGAUCUACCGUUCCGUCUUUCUCUCAGGCACCUGCCAAUACAGCUGCGAAAAGAGUUUUUAAAGGAAAGACUAAGUCAAAACAAUAUGUAGAUGCCAGAAGACGUACACGAAAGUCCACGAUAAAGGAAGGAGAUACAGUGUUGGUGAAACAGAAAAAGAAGAACAAGUAUACAACCAUGUUUCGUCCUCAACCAUACAAAGUUAUCAAAUUGAAUGUGCGAUAUUCCAGAGUAACAGCGCAAAGGGGUGAUCAUGUGAUUACAAGAAACGUUUCGCAUUUUAAGGAAUUUAGUGGAGCGUAUAGAGAAACUGUUCCAAAUCCUGAGUCAGACGAUGAUAUUACCAUUGCGGCCGCACAAGCAGGACAGGACAAUGAUCAAGACAUAACUGAAGAUAGGUAUCCUUUAAGAGCAAACAGAGGCGUACCGCCAGAUUUUUAUGGAGGUAAGUAA